UCGAGCAGACGAGGACGGAGACCGGACGAAACAGCACGACCCGGCUGGCUGUUUAGAGUCUUUUCGAAGUACUGUUUUGAGUCCGUUCAGGGUUGUUUUGUUUUUAAAUGUGACGUUUCGACCUGAAGUUUAAAGAGUCUCAAGCUCAUUAGCACCAUUGGCAGCAGGUGCGAUUCGAAUGCAUGUCUGUAUUUCUUCAGACUAAUUCAGUGUUUGUGCCCGUCCGAGAUAUGACUGAGGUGAUGAUCAACAGCACCCCCAUGGAUGACAUGAGGCUCAGUCCCUCCAAGGACAGACUUUCCUUCCAGAUCUUCCCCGACCCGUCCGACUUUGAGCGCUGCUGUAAGCUCAAAGACCGCCUGCCCUCCAUCGUGGUGGAGCCCACGGACGGCGAGGUGGAGAGCGGCGAGCUGCGCUGGCCUCCUGAGGAGUUCCUGGUCAGCGAGGAGGACGACGAAGAGGAGCCCAACCACAGCGUCGUCCAAAACGGACAGGCGACCGCGAACUCCCAGCGCUAGGAGCCGUGUCGUAACUUCCGAUGUCAGACCCGCCCCACCCUCGUUCACGCACUGGUCACGCUGCACCUUAAACCUUUCCAGCUGACACCACCCGAAAGAGAAGCAAUACACCCUUCUGUCGCACUGCCAGACGAUGGGACCCACUUUACACACUUGAGAAAAGACUGGGUGGUGGGACUGCGCUCACAUUGGGGCCACAAAAUGCUUCCUCCCCCCCCCCCCCCCCCCCCAAAAAAAAAAAAAAGCAGAACUUGUUCUUAACCCUACAGCUGUGUGUUCACUUUCUGGAUUGCUGUUAAGUAUUUGUCUUUGCAUUGAGAAGGUUUUGUUUGUUGUCGUGGGUGUAAAAUGUGGUGAGGAUUUUUUUUCGUUUUUUUUAAAUUUUUUUUGUUUUUGUUUUUAUUUUGUUUUGCGGUCGAAAGUUGACAUCUACGUACUACUAGUGAAGUGCUAGAUGUUGAACUAAGAUUCUUGUAAUGUCACUAGGAGAACUAGUAGCAUGCAGAUGUUAACUAGUGCACAGGUUUGCCUCAAUACUAAUAGUUGUCCUACUAGUGCGGACAAAGCGUACUAGGACAUUUACAGCUGUUUGAGCAUUUAUUCAAUACCCUUGAUAUCCAGAUUUUAAAAAAAUUAAAUAAAUAAACAUUAGUAAGAUGUCCUUUCUACAAGUGUGCUGAUUUGUUUUAGUGAGGACAAGGAGCAUACUGGUACAUGGACCUUCAGCUGGAUAUUGAGAAUAUUGACUAAAUGCGCAAAUGACUUUAAAGCUCCGUGUUCUAGAGGGAAACCUGUACACUAGGUGACAACUACUGUAUGUGCUCGUCGUUCUACUUUUGCGCUCGACUGUGGCGGUUUUAAACAAGUGAGCAAAGGAAAGGAGGCUAACAUGCUAACCGGAUGCUAUUUGCCCGCCAAGGGAAGCCUUAUGACUCGAUUGCAUGCAAAUUACGAUGUGUUUUUGUGGUUUUCCCCCGCAUCGAGCUAAUGACGUUGGACGUAUACAGUAAAUAAUGGAUCCCGUCGCAAGUGAACGCCCCUUUGUAUUCUUCCAACUCGUUUCUUUCGAAGCAGCUGUACUUUUUGUCACAAAGUAGCUUUGAUAUGUAGACCAUUCAACACGUUCCACCUUAAAUGUCAAAAAGUAGCAUUUCCGUCCACUUUUUCUUCUGACUUGUCAUUCGUGUGGCAUUAGGGCUGUGUACAGGAUGUUGGUUUUUUUCCUUCUUCCUUGUCUAUAACCGAGCAGGUUGUUUAUUUUUUUUUUUUGUCAAGCUCAGGGAGAAUAGCUGCCAUCUUUUUUUUUGUUUUUUUUGUUUGUUUUUUUUUGUCAUUGUAUUUACACCGCUUUUUUUUUCUCUGACUGUUACAAAAGCUGUAAAUAAACUUGAAUUUGCUAACCCAA